UUACAUUUCCUCAAAUCAAACUAGUUUGAAGAAAGAAGGGGAGGCAGGUCGAGAAAGCGACCAACAUUCGAUCGAAUUCGAAGCAACGGAGCUUCAAAUUUUCCUCUUUCACACACCAGCACACAAAAUCUGUGUGUAAUUAUGUCUUUUCGCCACGAAAAAGGCGUCAAUGUCCAGGUGCUGCUGCGUUGCAGGCCGUUUAGUAACGAUGAGUUAAAGAACAAUGCACCUCAGGUGGUGACCUGUAACGAGUAUCAGAGAGAAGUUGCGGUUUCACAGAGUAUUGCGGGGAAGCAAAUAGAUAGGGUUUUUACAUUCGACAAGGUCUUUGGCCCUACAGCUCAGCAAAAAGAUUUAUACGAACAAGCUGUAAUCCCAAUUGUAAACGAAGUUCUAGAAGGCUUUAAUUGCACUAUUUUUGCUUAUGGACAGACAGGGACAGGUAAAACUUACACCAUGGAAGGAGAAUGUAAGAGAGCAAAGAGUGGGCCAAAUGGCGAGCUCCCAUUGGAAGCAGGUGUAAUACCUAGAUCUGUCAAACAAAUAUUUGACACAUUGGAGGGUCAGAAUGCAGAGUACAGUGUUAAAGUAACCUUUUUAGAGCUCUAUAAUGAAGAAAUUACGGAUUUACUUGCUCCUGAAGAAAUCUCAAAACUUGGUAUUGAAGAUAAACAGAAAAAACUUUUACCUUUAAUGGAAGAUGGUAAAGGAGGAGUGCUUGUGAGAGGUUUAGAAGAGGAAAUUGUAACAAGUGCUAGUGAGAUUUUCACAUUACUUGAAAGAGGUUCUGCUAAACGUCGAACUGCAGAGACUUUAUUAAACAAACAAUCAAGUCGAUCACACUCUCUUUUUUCUAUUACGAUACACAUUAAAGAGUCAACCCCAGAAGGUGAAGAACUUAUAAAAUGUGGCAAACUAAAUCUUGUUGAUUUAGCUGGUUCAGAAAACAUUUCUCGUUCGGGUGCAAGAGAGGGUCGUGCAAGAGAAGCUGGCGAAAUUAAUAAAAGUUUACUUACUUUGGGAAGAGUAAUAAAUGCUUUAGUAGAGCAUCUUGGGCACAUUCCCUAUAGAGAUAGCAAGCUGACGCGUCUGCUUCGUGACUCAUUGGGUGGAAGGACCAAAACAUGUAUAAUUGCCACUGUAUCACCUGCUGUACAUUGUCUUGAAGAGACAUUGAGUACACUAGAUUAUGCCCACAGAGCAAAGAAUAUUAAGAACAAGCCAGAGGUAAACCAGAAAAUGAUGAAAACAACUCUAAUCAAAGAUCUCUACGGUGAAAUCGAAAGACUCAAAGCUGAGGUUUUUGCUUCACGUGAGAAAAGUGGUGUUUACUUGCCAAAAGAAAGAUAUUACCAAGAGGAAAUGGAACGAAAGUCAAUGGCAGAUCAAAUUGAACAAAUGGGAAUUAAAAUAGAAACACAACAAAAGGAUUUUGAGGAAUUGCAAACUCAAUUUAAUGCUCGGGUAGAAGAGUGUUGCAAUUUGAGCAAUAAACUUGAGUCAACACAGAACAAACUGAACCAAACCAAUAAUGUGUUGGCUAACACUGAAGAAACACUCAAGAAAUGUCAAUAUGCUCUCAAACAGCGAGAUUUUAUCAUAGAAGAACAGAAAAAAGCAGAAAACGCGCUUACUCAUCAAGCUUGUGUACUCCGGUCUGACUUAGAGAAAUCUCUUCAAGACAAUGCAUCAUUGUUUAUGAAAAUUGCAAGAGAGGAUAAACUAAAUGAGGGAAAUAGGUCAGUUGUAAAUAAAUUUGAGUCUGAGCUGGCACAAGAUGUUGGUUCUCUUUCCAACAUGGUGGCUGCUUCUGUAUCUCAACAAAAUGAACAACUUCAAUGCAUUGAGAAAUUCUGUCACACUUUUAUCAACAUUAAUGAUCAGGCCAUGGCUGAGUUAAAGAAAAAAGUUUCUGCAUCGAAGAAUUUGUAUAUAUCUCAUAUUGAAGCUCUGGAAAACGUUGUAAGGUUGCACAAGGCAAGUGCUAAUGGAAGUUUAGAAGAUAUUUCAGCCAUGGCUUCUUCCAAUGCUCGUUCUGUUGAAGAACUUUUAGCUGAAGAAUCUGCACAAGGGCAAUCUAUAUUUGAUGAGCUUCAAGGAACAUUAUCAACCCAACAAGGAGAGAUUUCACUUUUUGCUAGAGAGCUUCGAAAGAGAUUUAAUGAAAGCAUCCACCAUACAACAAAUAUAUCCGAAUUUAUAAAUGGUAUAUUUGAUAAACUAAUGGAAGAAUCCAAGGAGCUAGGUGCUCAUGCUAAUAAAGUCGAUGAGAUACAAACAAAGAGUAUCGAUGAAUUUCAAAAGGCAUAUGAGGAGCAAUCAAAAUCUGAAGCAGAGAGGCUUAUUGCUGAUGUCACAAGUUUAGUAUCCAGUCAUAUCAGUCGCCAAAAAGAGAUGGUGGAUGCACGAUUAGCUGGAAUCAGAGAAACUUGUGGUGGAAGUAAGAGAUUUUUAGAUGGACAUGUUUCUUCAGUUGAAGGAAUCACAACAGAUGCCAAAAGAAAAUGGCAAGAGUUUUCUUUACAAGCAGAAAAUGAUGCAAAAGAUCAUGCCGAUUUUUCUGCUGCUAAACAUUGUCGCAUCGAGUUGCUCUUACAAAAAUGUGUUGAUACUACUGAAAUGGCAUUGAAGCAUUCAAAAAAGACACAUGAAUCCGUGACUGACAUGGGUCAAAAACAUGUCUCAGCAAUCGAUACCCUUGUCAGAAAUGCUUCUGAAAGCAACGAGCAUCAUGAUGGUGAGAUAAGUUCUGCAAGGGCCACUGCUGAGGUGGACGUCUCAAAGAACAGCGAGGACAUAAUCAAGCACAUUGAGGGUACAUCACUAGAAGAGCAAGAGGCAGUUAAUGGAGUAUUGGAAACCACAAAGGCCCAAUCCACGGUUCUUGAAAAUUUACGAAAAGACCACUCAACUCAAUCUAUCGCAAUAGAACAAAAAGCUCGUGAUACUUUCCACCACAAAUACAUGGAUUAUGAGCCAUCUGGAAAUACUCCAAUAAGAUGUGAACCGGAUGUCCCUAGUAAGGUGACAAUAGAGUCGCUUAGAGCAAUGCCAAUGGAGACAUUAUUGGAGGAAUUUAGGGAAAAUCAUUCGUUUGAAAUGUUUGAAGGAAAGGAAGUGAAGAUUUCUCCUAAUGAACGUUCGCCUCUUACAGAGAUCAAUUGA